AUGGGUUAUUUCUUAGCUGAUGGUAUCUAUACAAAGUUUAUUACAAUUGUACAAGCUUUUAGUCAGACAUUGGAAAUUCCCGAGUAUGUAAGAUCCAACAAGUAUCAAAUGGCUAAAAGAAAGGAUGUCGAGCGUGCUUUUGGGGUGCUUCAGGGUAAAUUCAGAAUUGUCGGAUCACCAUGUAAGUAUUGGCAACAGUCUGACUUGAACCUGAUUAUGAAAUGUUGUCUUAUUUUACACAACAUGAUUAUCGAGCAUGAACGUCGGGAUACGGAUUGGGGCAGAGUUUCUCUUGUUCCGAUUCCGGAACCUACCAAUAAUGGUCGUGUAUUUAUGUCAUCUCUGAAAAACCUAGAAAUGCACCUACAACUAAGAAAUGAUCUUGUCAAGCACAUUGUUGCGCGUCCUGGAAGAGGAGGCCAGGCAGGGGACUUGUCUAGUUUGGAGGUUCAGAUAUGA